AAAGAGUUCUCUCUCCCAUAAACCUUCUCCCUCUCUCUCUCUAAAUUCUCUCUCCUCCUCCACUAUUUCUUCCUCCCCUUUAUCUUUCCGGGGCGCUGCCGGCCUCAAGUCUCCUCUUCCACCCCUCCACUUGCUGGUGCGGUGCUGCGGGCCGACGAGGCCGAGAAGGAAUUUUGGACUUUGAUGAGGGAGCUGCUGAUUGUGAGUCAAGAACAGUUGUGAAGAGUGAGAAGAAAGCUAGAGAAGAUCAAAUGGCAGCUGAAUCCUCCCUGGUUCCACAAACCUCCUCUGAAUCGAUUGCGCAGAAGAUGGGCUUCUUCAGGGUCCCUGACCUUCUUGUCAAACUGAGCAGCAAAUGUUUGAUUGAGCUGGAUGCAGUCCGCAGCCCAACAUCGCCCCUAGACCUCAUAUUCUUCCCAGGCCUCGGUGCCAAAUCGCCGAGGUCGUCUUUCCUUGGCGACAGGGUUGGGCUUGGACUGGUGGAUUCACUUACUGAUGAUAGCUCCACUCCCUUGGGCAGCAGGAAGGUUCUUCUUGGAUCUGAGAUGAGGAUUACUGAUAAUGUAACUUCCAAGAACAGCUUCACUGCUCCUGUCGAAGCUGGGGUGGUUGAUCAGAAGGAUGAGAGUAUGUGUGAUGACCUGAAGGGUAGUUUCAUGUCUCUGGAUGACAUUGUCAAUUCAGAGGAUUACACCCGUGUUGUUUGUCGUGGUCCUAACCCUAGGACAACCCACUUCUUUGGAGAUCAUGUUUUAGAAUUUGAAGGUGAGCAGCUGAUGCCUGAUGAGAGUAAGAGUGAGGAGAGUUUGCCCCCUCGUCUGGAAGAGGGUAUGAUGAGCUUCUGUUAUUUUUGCGGUGAGAAACUCGAAGAAGGGAAAGACAUCUACGUCUAUCAGGGUGACAAAGCCUUUUGCAGCAUGGAGUGCCGGGAGAAUUUCAUGGAAGAUGAGAUGGAAGAAGGCGAACCCGAUCUCUCUGCACCUCCUAGCAGCCCAGUCGCCAACGAUGGUUGUAUUUUCCAACUGAUCCAGUGAACGAGCAUCAGUAAACAACUUGAUAUGGUCUUAUCUGAAGUGCUGUCCGAGGUUAAUAAGUUGCAGCCAUGGAUGUGAUCAUAUUUCAUUGAGUUGUUGCCUGAAGAUUUUGUCUGCCGCGGCACUGAUGAAUUUACCUAUUGAUUUCUUAAUUUUACUUACCCGGAUCCUCGAAUUUUUGGAGGAGCCUGAACGGUAACUUUGCUUCCGGUCAUAUUAUUAUUUUGGUCGGAAAGGGCGUGCGUCUGAGUUUGAAUUUGUGUUUGCUUGAACCUCAUCUUCAAUCGGCUGUCAUGUUGACACCAUUGAUCACUAUCAUGUAUCUGAAUAUAUGUGCUUCUGCUCUUUCUGGCAGAAAGGAAGUGCUAAUCUUCAAGUUUACUAAUAAAUGAUAAUCAUGAUGUAUCUGUCAUGAUGAUGAUGUUUGAUUCUCAUAAAA